AUGGGCAGCCUCGCCGGGAGAAUGCAGGCCCUGCUCCUUUGGUUGGUCUUUCUCUUGCCUCCCGAAGCUGGAGCUGGGGAGAUUAUCAGUGGCACUGAAUCCAAGCCACACUCGCACCCCUACAUGGCCUACCUGGAAAUCUUCACUGGCUCCGGUAAUGUUUAUAACUGUGGUGGGUUUCUCAUAAGUCAAGAAUUUGUGGUGACAGCAGCUCAUUGUAAAGGAAGAAAAAUCACUGUCACCCUCGGAGUUCAUAACAUAAAACAAGAAGAAUCCACGUGGCAGAAGAUAAAAGUCAAAGAACAAUUUAUUCAUCCGAAAUACAACUCUUCCACCAAUCUCAAUGACAUCAUGUUACUGAAGCUACAAACCAAAGCCAAGCUGAACCACGCCGUGGGGACAGUCCCCCUGCCCUCCAAGUCUACCUUUAUUAAACCUGGAAGACUGUGCCGGGCAAUGGGCUGGGGGAGAACAGGAGUGGGAAUGCCAGGGUCAGACACCCUGAGAGAGGUGAAGCUGAGGCUCAUGAAUGCCAAAGCCUGCGACCACUUUGGGAUUUACAACCAUAAUUUGGAAAUCUGUGUGGGUAAUCCCAGGAAGAAAAGAUCAGCAUACAAGGGGGACUCUGGGGGCCCCCUUCUGUGUGCUGGGGUGGCCCAAGGUGUUGUGUCAUAUGGAAGUCCAGAUGCAAAGCCUCCUCUUGUCUUCACGCGAAUCUCCCCAUAUGUGCCCUGGAUUAAUAAAAUCUUAGCCAACAAGUAGCUACAGAAGCCUGGCCAGCUGCAGGGAAAAUCCCAAAGCCAGAGCUCUCCCUGGGUAGCCCCCAGGUUCCACAGGAGCCUGGCUCCAGCCCAAGACUAAGGAGACUCCUGGAAGCACU